ACGCGCAGGUCUGGCUGAAGCUGGCAUUCUGCCGAGCCUGUUGGGUCAGAGAGACGAGGCAGGAGGGGCAACAGUAGGGGAAGGGAGGGGGGAGGAGGAGAGUUUAUUUCGGCCAGACAGCCCGCUGACCCGUCAGGACCUGCUGACGUGGCGCUUUGCUCUUGAGUACUCUCACCUCCCGCCGCCCGACCUUGCCGCCCUGCGCCACACAUGCGGGCUGAUCGACGCCGUCCGAAUCUCCCCUGCCGCCCAAAGAGCCGUCUCUUUCGAUCUCCUGCACCACAGGGGGGGGAUGGCGCACCAACCGCAGGGGGAGGGGGAGGCGGAGGGGGAGGGGAGGGGGGAAGGACAGGGGGAGUGGCAGGGGGGAAGAUGGGGAAGAGAGAGAAUCGGUUGGAAGGGGAGGAUAACUGAGGAAGACGGUACUGCUCCUGCUGUUUCUGCUGUUGCUGCUGCUCCUGCUGCCCCUGCUGCAAAUGCUGAGUCUCUUAGAAAUGUGGCGGUUAUUCCUCUAGUGUUUGGGAACGUGCGACGGUUCGACCCCUUAAAGCCCGUUACGCAUGCUCAGGCAGCUGCAGCGCUCACGUUCGGCCGAACCUACGAGAGGGUUGCCGAGGCUGCGGUUCAGGUGGAGGUGGCUGAGGCUCGGAAGGACGCUGACGUGGCGAGGCUGGAGGCUGAGUCGGCGAGGAGGGAAGCGACACGAUUGGCUGAGGAGAUGGUUAGAGUACAAGGGGAGGAGAAGGAGGGGAGGAGGAGGGAGCGGGAAGAGAGGGAGAGGGUGGAGAGGGAAAAAGAGGCGUUAAGGGAAGAGGUAGAGAGGCUAAGGGCUGAGAUUGGGCGGUUCAGCAGUGGUGGUGGUGUAGGGGCGGGGGGAGAGGCAGGGGAGGAAGAAGGGGCGAUAGGUGCGGACCUGGGUGCUGCAUCAUCCCUGCCUUUACCAGCAGCAGCUGAUGUGCCACAUGCAGCCACGGACCAUGAAGCUUUCGAGGAGGAGAGGCGUGCGAGGGGGAGUGAGGUGGCAGGUGAAGGGGAGGGGGGAGCUGGCAGAGAGGGGGAGGCAGGAGGAGGAGUGGCGAGUGUGGGGGCCAGCUCUCCUAGUGGAGUGGUGGGAGCUGGAGGGACGGGCGGCAGCAUCCAAGCACCGGCUACCCUCCCCCCGGGGUGGUGGGCGGACGUGGUCCAGCAGAGAGCACAGGAAGCACGGCAUGGCGUCGCCAGGCAACUGCACAGGAUCAAAUCAGAUCUGAUCCAUGCAGCAGAGCAUUCUGCUGGCGUGGCAUCCAGCCUGGCUGCCAGCGUGGCGGACGGCAGCCUCCAGCGAUCGGUGCGGGAAAAGGCAGGGGAAGCUUCCAGGAAGGUGCAGGAGCUACACGACGUGGAUAUGGAACGGGUGGCGGGGGGAUUGAAGGAAGGUGCGAGGAUGGUGCGGGAGGAAGUGGCGGGGGAGGUGGCGAGGGUGGUUGGGGGAGUGAGGGAGGAAGCAUCUAGAAUGGUGAGGGUAGGUAAGGGGGUGAUGGAUAGGGGGGUGCGGGAGAUAAGGGAGAAGGCCGGGUACAGGUGGGCUGCUGGGAGGGAGGGAAACCAGGGCUGCGCAUCUGCUGCCGGUUCUACUGCUGGUAUAAAGAAGCAGUAAGAAGGGCGUUUUGUGCGUCCUCAAUGUGCGGGUCAAAAGGGAGACACAAGGGGCAUUCAAGGGAGAAAGCGGUACUGUAUUGAUGGUGGCCUGCUGGGAAGUUGAGCAGCAAUGAAGCAACUGUUCGGUUCGUUUCUACUGGAUGUGCUUGCAUGUAGGAAGCAAGCAGAGUGUUAGGCUGGGUUAACAGUUGGAGAAGGAGCUUUGGUGCUAAAUGUGCAGCUGAAUCCGUUUACUUGUAACGAGACCCUUGGUGGUUCCCUCUAAGGGGUGUCACAAGGUUUGGUAUUUGCACUAUAAAUCCUCUUCAACUGU